CCCCAGACAGAGCUCCUGGCCUGCCAGUUCAUCCACCCAGUAUCUAGACAGCAGGGAUGCAAGCAGAGAGCCAUAAGCCGAGACGAACUGCAAUUGCGUGUAUUGCUUGCCGCCAGAGCAAGGUAAAAUGCUCUGGCGACGAACCCUGCGCCAACUGUAUCCGACGAUCACUCACUUGCCAGUUUUCAGAGGCAAAUAGUAAAGUGCUCGUGUCUGAGAGGUUGGUCGUUUGCCAAGCCCCCCUUCCCUGUCGUCGGGUGGGCAAGAGGUAACCGGGACGAUGGACUAGGUAUCUUCGUGAUUUGCAGAAGCAGGCCUACAACUGGCAACGUGCUU